AUGGAAAAACUCUGCAAUGAAAAUGAAGGAAAGCUGGAAAGCGAAGGAAAGACAGAAAAUGAAGUAAAGCCUGAAAAUCAAGGAAAGUCAGAUGAGGAAGAAAAGCCAGAAGUGGAGGGGAAGUCAGAACACGAGGGAGAGCUCCAGAAUGAGGGACGGCCAGAAGACCAGGGACAACCAGAAGAUGAGAGGAAGAGAGAAAAGCAGGACAAGUCCGAAGCUGAGGGAAAGCCACACGGUGAGGGCAAGGUGGAAUCCCAGGCAAAGCCAGAGAGUCAGCCGCGGGCUGCCGAAAAGCACACCGCUGAAGACUAUGUGCCCCGGAAAGCAAAAAGAAAAACGGACAGGGGAACGGACGAUUCCCCCAAGGACUAUCAGAACAACUUACAGGAAAGGCAUCUGGGCAGUGAGGAGAUGAUGACAGAAUGUGCAGAUAUGUCAAGGGCUCAGGAAGAGCUAAGGAAAAGACAGAAAAUGGGUGGUUUUCAUUGGAUGCAAAGAGAUGUACAGGAUCCAUUCACCCCAAGGGGCCAACGGGGUGUCAGGGGAAUGAGGGGCGGAGGUAGGGGCCAGAGGCGCUUACAUGGUAUCCCAUAUCUUUAAUGCCUUUGGCCUUCAAUUCUGACUCCUCUGAUGAGAAUAUCGCUGACCCUGCUUUCCCUGGCAGGCAUUUGCCAGGCUAUGUGCUUUAACCUUAAGCUGAUUCUUUGCUUUAGGUGUCACUCUCGUUACCAGCAGCCUUUUGAUCCAACUACAGUGCUCUCUGUGUUUCAGUAGGGGAUUUUCACCCAUGUGCAUGGAAGAGAUGUUCAUGGUACACUGUAAAA